GUCAGCACCAAGGACAGCAGCCGCUCCUCACAGACCCGAGCCCGAGGAGAGACCGCAGAGGAGCGGCGGAGAACCGGGAACCGGGGACAGAACCGGAGAAAGAACCGGAGACAGAACCGGGGACAGAACCGGAGACAGAAGCAGCACCUCCUGAGUCCUCGCUGCUGUGAGCUCUGAACACAGCGCUGAUCUCAGUCUCCGCACAUUCCUCCGCACUUACACAUUUUUCUUCUCCUUCCAUCUUUUUUUUUUUUUUUUUUUGCCUUCCUCCCUCGCGCUCACCGCCCACCUGCUCCUGCAGACGCGCAAAGAUCCUGGUCCUGGUUCUGGUCCUGAUCCACCAGCUGCUCGAGCCGCCGCCGCGCUGCCGCUACUGCUACCGCUGCCUCUGCCGCACUGUGCCGCUCGGCGCUCCUCGCCGCGAUGCGUCUAUACCUGCUGGUGGCGCUCUUCUCGUGCUCGUGCGCGCGGGCCGGCUGCGAGCCGAAAAUUGUGAACAUCGGCGCCGUCCUGAGCCAGAAGAGGUACGAGCAGGUCUUCAAAGACGCCGUGACCCAGGCCAACCAGGUCUACGGCCGGGACAAGUUCAAGCUGACCGCCAUCUCUGUCACGCACAAACUCAACGCGAUCCAGAUGGCGCUGUCCGUCUGCGAGGACCUCAUCUCCAGUCAGGUUUAUGCCAUCCUGGUGAGUCACCCUCCACAGUCCAACGACCACCUCACGCCUACGCCCGUCUCCUACACCGCAGGCUUCUACCGCAUCCCAGUGGUGGGACUCACCACCCGCAUGUCCAUCUACUCAGACAAGAGCAUCCACCUGUCCUUCCUGAGGACGGUCCCGCCUUACUCCCACCAGGCCCACGUGUGGUUCGACCUGAUGCGCGAGUUCAACUGGAACCACAUCAUCCUGAUCGUGAGCGACGACCACGAGGGCCGCGCCGCUCAGAAACGCCUCGAGACCUUACUGGAGGAGAGGGAGACAAAGAAUAAAAAAAGGAACUAUGAAAACCUCGACCAACUGUCCUAUGACAACAAGCGAGGACCUAAGGCAGAGAAAGUCCUCCAGUUCAGCCAGGACACUAACUUAACUGCUCUGCUGCUGGAGGCCAAAGAGCUGGAGGCCCGAGUCAUCAUUCUGUCCGCCAGCGAGGAAGACGCUGCAGCGGUUUACAAGGCGGCGCGCUUCCUCAACAUGACGGGCUCGGGCUACGUGUGGCUGGUGGGCGAGAGAGAGAUGUCGGGUAAAGCCCUGAGUGAGGCCCCAGACGGUCUGAUCGGCCUCCAGCUCAUCAACGGGAAGAACGAGUCGGCCCAUAUCAAUGACGCGGUGGCCGUGGUGGCUCAGUCCAUCCAGGAACUGUUUGAGAAGGAAAACAUCACAGAACCCCCGAGAGGAUGCGUCGGGAACACCAACAUUUGGAAAACAGGGCCUCUUUUUAAAAGGGUGCUGAUGUCGUCUAAAUACCCAGAAGGCCUCACAGGACGAGUGGAGUUCAACGAUGACGGCGACAGGAAGUACGCCCACUACAGCAUCCUCAACUACCAGAAGAGUCGCCUCAUUCAAGUCGGCAUUUACAACGGAACACAGGUGGUAAUGAACAAUCAGAGGAAGAUCAUCUGGCCUGGAGGAGAGACAGAGAAACCACAGGGUUUCCAGAUGUCCACUCGACUGAAGAUCGUAACCAUUCACCAGGAGCCGUUUGUGUACGUGAAGCCCACCAUGCCAGACGGCACCUGUAAGGAGGAGAUGACCUUAAACGGAGUCUUGAUUAAAAAAGUCAUCUGUACUGGACCUAAUGAGACCAUCCCAGGUCGACCGACUGUUCCUCAGUGUUGUUAUGGAUUCUGUAUUGAUCUGCUGAUCAAACUUGCGAUGACCAUGAACUUCACCUAUGAGGUUCACCUGGUGGCUGAUGGGAAAUUCGGAACGCAGGAGCGGGUAAACAACAGUAACAAGAAGGAGUGGAACGGCAUGAUGGGAGAGCUGCUGGGCGGCCUGGCCGACAUGAUCGUGGCUCCGCUGACGAUCAACAACGAACGAGCUCAGUACAUCGAGUUCUCCAAACCCUUCAAAUAUCAAGGCCUCACCAUCCUGGUGAAAAAGGAAAUCCCUCGCAGUACACUGGACUCGUUCAUGCAGCCCUUCCAGAGCACACUGUGGCUGCUGGUGGGUCUGUCGGUGCAUGUGGUGGCGGUGAUGCUUUACCUACUAGACCGGUUCAGCCCGUUUGGAAGAUUUAAAGUAAACAGUGAAGAAGAAGAAGAGGACGCCCUCACCCUAUCAUCUGCUAUGUGGUUCUCCUGGGGAGUGUUGCUGAACUCUGGAAUAGGAGAAGGUGCGCCGCGCAGCUUCUCAGCGAGAAUCCUGGGUAUGGUGUGGGCCGGCUUUGCUAUGAUCAUUGUGGCCUCUUAUACUGCCAACCUGGCUGCCUUCCUGGUGUUGGACCGGCCUGAGGAGCGCAUCACCGGCAUCAAUGACCCAAGGCUCAGAAACCCGUCAGACAAGUUCAUCUACGCCACGGUGAAGCAGAGCUCCGUGGACAUCUACUUCCGGCGGCAGGUGGAGCUUAGCACCAUGUACCGCCACAUGGAGAAGCACAACUAUGAGAGUGCCGCCGAGGCCAUCCAGGCCGUGCGUGACAACAAGCUGCAUGCUUUCAUCUGGGACUCUGCGGUGCUGGAGUUUGAAGCCUCGCAGAAGUGCGACCUGGUGACCACGGGAGAGCUGUUUUUCCGCUCGGGCUUUGGCAUAGGCAUGCGCAAGGACAGCCCCUGGAAACAGAAUGUGUCCCUGGCCAUUCUCAGUUCUCAUGAGAACGGCUUCAUGGAAGACCUAGAUAAAACCUGGGUGAGAUACCAGGAGUGUGACUCGAGGAGCAAUGCCCCAGCCACACUCACCUUUGAAAACAUGGCAGGUGUCUUCAUGCUGGUGGCCGGAGGAAUCGCAGCCGGGAUCUUCCUCAUCUUUAUCGAAAUCGCCUACAAACGCCAUAAAGACGCCCGCAGGAAGCAGAUGCAGCUGGCCUUUGCGGCCGUCAACGUCUGGAGGAAGAACCUGCAGGAGAGUAAGGAAACCUGCGGGAGUCAAGCUGCGGCCGGGACGCCCUCGUUACCCUCUUCCUCUGUAGAGACUCAGGAUGAUAGGAAAAGUGGUAGAGCAGAGCCCGACCCCAAAAAGAAAGCCUCUUUUAGGUCCAUCAGUACCACGUUGGCCUCCAGCAUCAAGAGACGUAGGUCCUCCAAAGACACGCAGUAUCCACCCACUGACAUCACGGGCCAACUCAACCUGUCGGACCCAUCCGUCAGCACCGUGGUGUGACAGCUGGGGAGAGAAGAGACGAUCGCUCCCAGAGGAGAGAGGAAACGAGGAGAGGAAACAAGGAGAGGAAGCAGGAACUUUGCUUUCCUGCUCCCUUCACCGGGAAACCUGGUGCUUUUCUUUUCACCGCCUGCAGGUGGAGCUAUGUGAGGAAAGUGCCUGCUGGAGAAAAGGCUGGGGAAAAAACUGCACCUUUGUUUUCAUUUUUAAAAAGUCAGGAUUAGAUGUUUGUAAAAAUCCUUCAGCAUGCGCCACAACAAAAAGAACAAAAAAAAUAUAUAUCAGACUCUUCUGCAUCUACAAUCAUUUUUCCUUCUGUGUAUAAUUAACGUACUUAUUUACUCUUACUUUACUCGCAGGAAUUUACUUAAAUGUUUGAUGUUUUACUCUUUUGCUGAACAGCUGUUAAGGGUUUAGGAUUAGAGAGCUUUAAGUUUGAGCUUAAGUUUAUAGAUUGAAAUUAGUUCUGGUGCAAAUGCUAUUCUCUACAUAUCACUUCUAAUUAGGGCUGUCGCUACACGACCUGACCUGGCAACCCCAUUUAUUCUGCACACGUGCGAAAUGUGACAACUUCCUGUCGGAAAGGUUUUUUGCAGCAAAGUCUGGGAUUUUAAGUAAAAUAACGUUAUAUUACGUAGUCACUCUUCUAAUAUAAAUACACUUAUUUAUUUUAUCUUUCAUAUUAGUAUUCUUAAAAGAAUUUAGGCUUCCGCUGGCCAUUCAAACACAAAACUGCCACCUACCAGAAAGAAUUACAUCCGUGCCAAAAUUAUGUCUAUAUGAUUGAAAACAAAGAGUUCUUAACAGGUUUCAAUGUGUACAUUUUUUGUCCUUAAGGUGCAGAGUGUAAAAAAUAGAAACGUCAUUGUCAAAAUAUCGCAAAUAUACAAACCUUUCAUGCAAUACGUAUAUAUAUUUAUUCUUGCAAAGAUUUGGCGAUCAUUUAUAACACAACACUGCCACCCUAUAGGAAAACUACGUCCGUGCCAAAUGACGGGAAACCGUUAUGUAUAAAAACUUCGGUAGUUAUUCUUUUAAAAUAAAACACAGGCUUUUAUUUUAUCUUUCAUUUCAGGAGUGUAACCUAGCAGCCUUUAUUUUCUUUUCAAACGACACCAUCUUACAUAUUUCAAAAUAAGAGCCACUGAUAUUGGCUUUUUACUGCUUCAUGUUUAAACCGUAUGCCGUAGCACUACGAAAUAGAAAUAUCAUACAGAUAAUAUUUUUAAAUGAUUUAUUUAUAUAUGUUUUAUAUUUAAUUUCAGGAGUGUAUAUGGUAAUAUGUUAAAUAAUGCAGCUUAACACAUUAUUACAACUCUCUGUCAUCCAGACUUUCAAAAUAAGAGCCGCUGAUACUGGCCUUAUUUCUACUUCCUGUUUAAUCCUUUUGCCAUAAUGCUAGUAAAUAAAAGUAUCUUUGAGAAAACAUUUAUAGAAAAUAGAAUACACACUUUUUUAUUUUAUCUUUCAUUCCCGCCGUGUAACCUAGUAACCGGCCAGACUUUAUUUUCUUCAUGCACAAAGUCAACAGCUCCCUCUUACAUAUUACCACUUCCUUUUGCCCUGGCUUUCAAAAUAAGAGCUAUUUUUUCCUACUUACUGCUCAAACCUUUAAGAAUAAAAAUAACCUACAGAAAAUAUUUGUAGAAAAAAUUCAGUUUUUAUUCAAGUUUUAUUUGACCAUUUGUUGUCGUAGUGUAACCUAGUAACAGACUGUUGUGAAAGUUCAUUAUGUCACUGAUUGAAAGUUUUUUGGUUUGUUUUUUCGACAACAGGAAGUUUUUCCUUUACCUUGUUUAACCAGUUUGGGCGUGUAUCUUCCAUCACCUGUUGUCAGGUGGUGACUGAAGACCACGCCUCACACAACACGCAACAGCUGAUCAGGCACGCACUCACCUAACAUUAAGUGAUGGAAGAUACACGCCCAAACUGGUUCAACAAGGUAAAAGAAAAACUAAUUUCAAUCAGUGACAUAAUGAACUUUCACAACAGUCUGUUACUAGUUUACACUACGACAACAAAUGAUCAAAUAAAACGUGGUAUUUUCUCUUAUACUUUUUGUUAUAUACUUGAACUACUACAAUAGUUGAUGUUCUGUGGGCUAACAGAUAUCAGAUGUCACUAACAGUUAGACCAGGAGGGGGUUGGACUAUGUCAAUGUGAUGGUUCUGUCUCUUGGUUUCCAGAAGGUAUAAAUCUUUGAGGCUAAAAUUCUCAACGCAGUUUGAGGAGUGCCUACAUUGAAACGGUCACACCUUCUUCAAAUAUUUUCUCACAAUGUCUCUUGGUCCACUGGUUUUUCCAUGGCUGGGCACAAAUGGGCUUUUUACUACAAAUACUAGGCAGUAAAAAUAUCUUAGAGAAAAUAUUAAUAUAACGGUGAAUUCUUAUUUUAUCAUUUGUUGCAGUCGUUAUUUUUACAAAACACUUACAUUUAUUUUCAAAUCAAAGUGUAACCUCGUAACCAAUUGGACUUUUUUUUCUUCGUAGACAAAGUCAAUAAUGCCACUUUCUUUCAUCCUGGCUUUCAAAAUAAGAGCCACUAAUGUUGCUAUUUUUUUCAUACUUCCUACUCAAAAAAUAUCUUACAGAAAAUAUUCAUAUAGAAUUUAGAAAUCACAAUUCUAUUUAAUCUAGUAACCAAUUGAACUUUAUUUUCUUUGUACACAAAGUCAAUAUUGUCACCUUAGAUAUUACCAAUUCCUUUUGCUCUGUCUUUCAAAAUAAGAUACACUUCCUGUUCAAACAUUUUGCCCUAACGCUAGGAAAUGAAAUAAAACAUUUAAUUGUAUUUAUAUUUAUUUUAAUAUUUAUUCUUAAAAAACAAAUGACAUGCUUUUAUUUCAUCUUUAAUUUUACUAUCUUACUAUUAACCUAUCAGACCAAGCAGUCUUUAUUUUCUUCGUACACAAACGUUUAAAUGUUAUCUUACCUAAUUCCACUUCCUCUCACCCUGGCUUUCAAAAGAAGAGCCACUAAGAUUGGCUUUAUUUCUACUUCCUGCUCAAACCUUUAAAAAUAAAAACUAUCUUACAGAAAAUAUUCAUAUGACCUAAGGUACACAUUUUCUAUGGUGUCUUUCCUUUUAGUUGUAAUAAUUCCACAUCUGUUGUGACACAUUAGUGCUAACAGGAAGUAGCCGCUCUUUUGCUAACGCUCAGAACAAACCGGGUUUCCAGGCACAGAUCGGGUAAUGAAAAAGCGCCACAGUCAUAUUUAUUGGCCUAGUAUUUCUUAACAUUAUACUGCAAUACAAGGCGUACUGUAAGCUUCAAAUGUUUUCUACUAUAGGAACUACCUGUGUUUUUAAAAGACAAAUAUAUAUAUAUAUAUAUAUAUAAACAGUGUAAAGGUUUUAGACGAUGUAACUUUUAUGAAUAACGGCACUAACGACGACUGACCUUGUCGACCAGUGAAGAUGGAAGCAUGUGUGUAUAUUAUAACAUGUAUGUAUUAUGUAUGUACGCCAGCCUCCCACAUGCAUGUGUGACUUUUUCCACGUCAGGACGUCUCUUCAAAGCUUUAAUUGUAUUUAUAGCGAGAGAUUGUGACGAAACCGUGACCUGAAGCUCAGUUUUUUUUUUUUAUGUCCAAAAUGAGUUUGCCAAACUGAGAGAAGCCAUGUGACGUUUGGGGGGCGUGGUCUCUUUUCCUCUCUCCUUCCACAGCACUCUUUCUCUUUUCCAGUCUGGAAGGGGCUGCAUCAAAGGGCCAGGUUUUUCAUCCAACCAGCACCUUCUCCUUCAUGUAAACCUCCUCCUGCUCCUUUUCCUUCCUCUUCCUCUUCCUCUUUUCCCUGAGCUGAAAAACGCUGGAGAACUUUUACAUGAAGGAAAGUGGGUGAAAGUCAAAGCUUUUCUGUCUGGGUUAGAUGCAAAAACAGGCCGUUUCCCAGUGUCUGGAGCUGAGAAACAGCUGCUGUGAGUCGACAUGACUGUCGCACACUAUCUGGUGUCGGGCACUGCAGAGCACUUUAUGUCCACACGUCUCCCAAACUGUCUUUUACCCCAGAAACUUCAACAACAAUGUAAAAAAAUCCACUUUUUCCUCACUUUAAAACAGAACAAAGUACUGAAACAUAAAGGAACUUAAGCUUCUAUCAUCAUUUCUUUCUGGCCUUUGCAUGCUUCUGUGUUAUUAUCACUGCUUUCAUUUCUUUGUUUUUGGAUGCGUGUUUUAUUGACGUGUACAGACACACGCGUGUGCACAACUUUCACCUGAAUGACAUGUAAAUAGUCCUGGGGGAGGUUGCACUGCACUUGUAUGAAGCUGAGAAUGUCCUAUAUGUUACACACACACACACACACACACACACAGGAAGAAAAUGCCUGUUUUUCUUACCUUUUCCAGUAAAAAAUCUUGCAUUGAAUCAUUGAAUUGUUUAUAAAAGUGUAAAUAAAAUAUGGUUAAAUUGACAAAACCUCA